AUGUCUAGCAAAAGACACUCGAUUCUUCCUGCUAUUGAUCGCAGCGGUCCCAGACCACCCGUCCAUUUCUCCUCGACCCUCACAAUCUCUGACAAUGCGAUCCUCCAAGGAACACACUCGAUCACUAUGCAGACGGAGACAGUAAUCCACCCUCGUUCGAGAUUCGAGUCGAACUACGGGUCUAUCCUAAUCGGACGCCGAUGUCUGGUUCAUGAACGGACACAUAUGGGAGCUCGUCCUGCAGACCCCACUGCGAAGCCCGGUGGUAUCGUGUUAGCAGACUAUGUCACAAUAGAGGCUGGCUCGACCAUUGAAGCUGGCGGAACCGAGAUAGGUGAGGGCACUAUCAUUCAAGCCGGAACAAUCGUAGGAAGCGGCGCCAAAAUUGGCAAGGUAAACAAUGUCCUUUACAAGCUUUAG